CUUAUCAAUAAUUAUCACCAUAUAAAUAGUAGGUAAUAGGUAUAAUAAUAGUUAAUAAUUUAGUAGCUACUCAAUUACCAAUUACUUUGGACGUCUGGAAUAUUGAGUAAUGAGUAUUGACAGUCUUAUAAUAUAAUACACAACUUAUGCAACAUCACUCAAAAGUGCGAAACUCCAAUAUCCAUUAACCAGUCACUAUAGUGCCACUAACUACUGCUACAGGUCAUAUAUUUUCCACGGCCAGUAGAUACUUCAAAUAUGGCAUCGAAUUUGACAAAAAUGGUGAAGUUCAAUAACGGUCAGCUAUAUCCAAUUUUAGGUUUGGGAACUUGGCAGGCGUCAUCAGUUAUUGAUGACUCUACUCACGCUGCGCUCAUCGACUCCAUAAAAAGUGCAAUUGACAUAGGAUAUCGUCAUUUUGACUGUGCGGCCAUUUAUAACAAUGAAAAAUUGGUGGGAAAGGCUGUAAAUGAUAAAAUUUCAGAAGGUGUAAUUAAAAGAGAUGAACUAUACAUCACUAGUAAGCUGUGGAACAAUAAGCAUAGAUUUGAGCUGGUAGAAGAAGCAUUGAAGAAUACUUUGAAUGAUCUGUGUUUAAGUUAUGUCGAUUUAUAUCUUAUCCAUUGGCCUUUUGGAACUAGUGAAGAUUCUAAUGCUACUGACAGCGAAGGUCGGUUAUUAGGUUCCGGUAUUUCUUAUUUAGAAACUUGGAAAGCUAUGGAAGGAUGUGUUCAAAAAGGACUCACAAAAUCGAUUGGAGUAUCAAAUUUCAAUAUUAAACAGUUAAAAGAUAUUYUAGAAAUAGCUACUAUUAAACCAGUUGUUAAUCAGGUUGAAUGCCAUCCUUAUUUAACACAAAAUAAACUGAAAGCAUUUUGUGAAAGUAAUGGUAUACUAUUAACUGGUUAUGCACCAUUAGGAUCAGCAAAAAGAUCAUGGGCAGGACCAGAAGAAGAUGCUAUUUUAGAUGAACCUAUUGUAAAACAAUUAGCUGAUAAGUAUAAGAAAUCCAAUGCUCAAAUAUUGAUUAAGUUCCAAAUUCAAAGAGGUGUUAUAGUCAUACCAAAGUCAUCCAACCCGAUGAGGCAGAAAGAAAAUUUUGAUGUCUGGGAUUUCGAGUUAACUACACAAGAUAUAGAUUUACUUGAAUCCUUAAACAGAAAUGCUCGUUAUUUUGAAUUCAAUACUAUACACUAUACAGAUACAUUAUGGAAUAACAAACAUAAUCCUAAAGACGUGGAAGUUGCAUUGAAGAAUAGUUUGAAGUUACUGGGUUUAGAUUACCUAGAUUUAUACCUUAUUCAUUGGCCAGUUGCAACUAGUGAUUAUCCGAUUGCACAAGAUAGUGAAGGGCGGUUUAUUGGCGCUGACGAUUCUUAUUUAGACACAUGGAAGGCUAUGGAACAAUGUGUCCAAUUAGGACUCACAAAAUCAAUUGGAAUUUCUAAUUUUAAUAUUAAGCAAGUGAAAGAAAUUUUAGAAAUAGCAACAAUAAAACCAGCUGUUAAUCAGGUUGAAAAUCAUCCUUAUUUAACCCAAAAUAAACUUAAAGAAGUUUGCGAGAGUAAUGGAAUUAUAUUAACUGCUUAUGGACCUUUAGGAUCACCGUACAGAGGUCCAAACUCAAAAGGAUUAGUACUUUUAGAUGAACCAAUUGUAAAACAAAUAGCUGACAAAUAUAAAAAAACAAAUGCUCAAAUAUUAAUAAGAUUUCAGAUUCAAAGAGGUGUUAUUGUCAUACCUAAAUCAUCUAAUCCAGAAAGACAAAAAGAGAAUUUUGAUGUGUGGGAUUUUGAGAUGAGCAAGGAAGAAAUGGAUUUACUUGAGUCAUUAAACCAAAAUCAACGAUAUGUUCUUUUCAAACCAGCUAUGCACUUAAAAGACUAUCCAUUUAACGAGGAACAAUGAACUUUAGAGGAACAAUGAAUAUUAGAGAUAUCUACAUUGAUAAAAACAGCUACUGAUACUGCGAUAAUUUGAAUAAGAAAUUAUAAAAUAAAAUAAAAUUUGUUUUCUAAAAUAA